GUGAAAGCUCAAAGCCCAAAAUUAGACUCAAAGUCUUCAACUUGUACUGUUCAAGUUAACAUUUCAACAGCUCUAGAGGGCUACUUCGGUAUGUCAGCAAACAUACUUUCCAUUAGUUUCAGCAUUUCAUUUGUGGUUUUCUUGCUACUGGCAAUAAGCCUUAUUGGAAUUAUUCUAAGAUACAAGCACAAAGAUGUAGUAAAUGCUUGUGGGAUAAAAGAAGCUGCCAUCCCUGCACUUCCCAAUUCAAAUGUUAAAGACUGCAUGCCUGAUGAAUGUCCAAAGUUUGAAAAUAUUAAGAACGGCAUAGCUCCAGACACAUCUGAGUGGUUAGGGUUAGUUGGCAUCAGAGAAAAGAAAGACACUGGGAACAAAUGCAGGAAUUCAGACUCAAGUGGCCAUGGCUCCACAGAAGGGGAAACUGCUGAAGAUGAAGAAAUAAAGAUGAUCAAUGAAUACCCUAUUAGAAAAGAGUCUGGCUCUGUUCUGAGUGAAAGAGGUUCACGAGUUCCAGACUCUGGAAUUCCAAGAGAGUCUGAUCUGCUUUCAUGUGAGUCAGAUGAAACAGAUGUGGUGAUUGGGUCAGAAAGGAAUGAAAGUGUUGAGAUCAUUAAGGAAGACAAUGGAAAUGGAGAGAAUCAAGUUCAUUAUACCUGCAAAGCAGAACUGCCAACAAACCACCACAGCAAUGACACAAAUCCAAAGGACAAAAACACUUUGCAAGAUAUCAAUCAAGACUAUAUCUAUGUCCCCAUGUCCUAUGAUUCUAGGUAUGGUUCUCUGGCAUCUUUAGUAGCUUCUGAUGAGGACUUGAGAGGAAGCUAUAACUGGGAUUACCUGCUUAGUUGGGAGCCCAGGUUUCAGACUCUUUCCUCUGUUUUUUGUGACAUUGGCAGGCUAAAAGAUGAAAAUAUGAACAGAAAUGUACAGAAGCAAAAAAAACCUUUUAUUUUCCCACCCCCUCUUAUCACAUCUGUUGCGCAGCCAGGGAUAAGAGCUGUGCCGCCUCGAAUGCCAACUAUUAUGUCAGGACAAACUUUUGUAAAAUAUCCCCGUUCUCCUUUUUUCUCCAGUCUGGCAUGUCAGUCUUCAACCAUGCCCCCAACCUUUUCUCCUUCUUUAUCCAUGCUCACAGUCCACACUCCUUCCACCUCACCUGUGCAUUCAGGUCUCAGUGGAACAUCAGUGCCUGCUCUCUCUGAAGAAUUGCUAAUACAGCAAGAGUUUCAGGUGUAA